CCUGCACGCAGCCAGAUGCGAGCUGUACGUUCUGUGCCGCUGAUUGCCUCACCGGCAGCAGCGGCGCGGGAGGACGCGGCUUCACGGCUGCGCUUACAUGAAACGAAUGGCGUGGGGGUGCGGGGGCACCGGGGCUCGGCUAUCUGGUUCGGCUUCUAUGGUGGCACAAGCACACUUUUUGGGAGUGCACCUUCGCUCGCUGACGCACUCGGUCGCCCCCGUGGCGAGUGUAGCGCCCGGCACACCGGCUGGAAUGCUUCGAUCUGUACCCCUGCGCCAGACCUCUCCGGCACUCUCUGCCCGCACACACAGAGGAUGCUACAGCAGGAUGGCCCCGCUGCCGUCAAGCGGGAGGAGGACGACCUGGGCAAGUUCGUGGACUUGGAUUUCAUCCUGGCGCACACCAGCAGUGGCGGGCAGGGGCCGACCGGCCCCAACUACCCCCUGCCUGAGACCCCCGAGAGCUGUGGCACCACCUACGACAGCGACGGCUCGUACUCGACUCCGGGCAAGUUUUCGGCGCCUUACCCCGAGGGUCAAGGCCACAGCUACGUGGCUGAGCUGCUCACCCCGGAUCUGCCCGGCCACUACGACCCGCAGCGGAGGGAGUACACGGAGCUGCGGGUGCCCGGCGGCCCCCACCACCACCCUCACCCCCAUCACCACCCACCGCUCCACCCGGCCUUAGCCCGCCCACUGCCCCUGGACCCCGCGCAGUCCUUCGGGCCCCGUAUCAAGAAGGAGCAGCCGGAGGAGCGCGCUUGCAUGCUGGGGGUGUCCGCCGCGGAGUACCUGGGAUCGGGCGGCGGCGAGCACAAGCCGCGCGUUGCGCCGGGUCCCGGGCCGGGACCGGUGCCGGGGCCGCCGCUGCCCUACCCGGGCUUCCCCCACGGCCGCUUGGGGCCCCCUGAGGAGCCGCUGCCUGGCACCGAUCCCCACCUCUUGGCCGACCUGCCGCCUCACUACGCCGUGGCCCCGCACCGCUAUGCGCCCCACUUCGCCCCCCAGGCGCCACCGCAGUUUCAUGGACAUUUCAGUGUUUUCAGGGAGCCCCUGAAGGGGCCGGGGCCAGGCCCGGCGGGGCUGCCCGGGCUGCUGGUCACGCCACCCAACUCCCCGGUGCUGGAGUACUUCCCGGCCGGGGCUCCCCCCGAGGACUGCAAGCCCAAACGCGGUCGCCGCUCAUGGGCGCGCAAGCGAACGGCCACGCACAACUGUGAAUACCCGGGCUGCGGCAAGACCUACACCAAGAGCUCGCACCUCAAGGCGCACAUGCGGACCCACACGGGCGAGAAGCCCUACCACUGCACCUGGGAAGGAUGUGGCUGGAAAUUUGCCCGCUCCGAUGAGCUGACCCGUCACUACCGCAAGCACACAGGGCACCGGCCGUUCCAGUGCCACCUCUGCGAGCGGGCUUUCUCCCGCUCAGAUCACCUCGCUCUCCACAUGAAGCGGCACAUGUGAGCAGUGGCUGCGGCCGGACUCGAUGUCCCCAGAGCCAGCUCACGGUGUAAAUAGCGUCAGGCGAGGGAUGGCAAUGGGGAGCAGCCUGGCCACCCAGCCCUCUCCGCUUAUAGUUUACUAGUCUUCUCCUCCUGCCCCUGUGAGAGCUGGCCCUGUCGGGGGAAGGGGGGGAAGGGCUGCUUUGGGGAUGUAUGUGGGGAGCAAAACUACAAGAAACACCUGCCCAGGCAUCACCUCAGCUCCCCGUGCCUGGAGGGUUCCUCCCAACCAGAUACCUGGUGAGUGGGGGGCUGGUGCAUAAAGGAUCUGUCCCCAGAAAUCCUGGCUUGUAUUUGGCAUCAGCUUAACCUUCUUCCCCCAGAUUUUGGCACCCCCCUGGCUCUAGGGGCUGUGAUGGCUGACUCUGGCUGCAUUUUGGCUGGAGAGCCAUGCCAGUUGGGCACACUGGUUGUGGUGCUGGGAAAUGGAUUGCUGGUUGUCUUGGUUGUGAUCAUCAGAACAAACCUCCUGACCCAAAGCCGACUGGAUGGGGUGAGGGUGGGAUUUGACCGGCUUACGGCUGGAAAGGUUUGCGGGUGUUGCCAGCACAGCAUCACCUUACACAGAGGGCAGGGAUGCUCCUGUCACCACCCUGGGACCCCACUAGGCAGUCCAGCCCUGACCAUUACAAGUUUUCCACUCAAGAGCCUUAAAUGUCUCUCCUGGCUCUUGUCUGCUUUAUUUUGUCUUGUUCUUCCCCUCAGGAUGAUACCAGGUACUGCUGCAGCUGCCUUCCCCAUGCUGCUUUUUAAAAUUUAGUAUGUAAAGGACAGUGAGUCCAGCUAUGAAUGCCCAGAUCUCUGCUAUACUUGAAACUUUUGUAGGGGGGGGACAAGAAAGAAAGCUCAAAAGAAAAUGAGUCUUUUUAUGUGCAGCUUCUGCAAAGCAAGUUGUAAAUUAAACAAAGCAGUAAUAUAUAAUGUUUCUGGUUUUUUUAAUGUAUUUUUUCUUCCAGCUGGGAACACAGAUGAGUCUCAGCUUUGGGAAGUGCACUGUUCCCGUCUGUGUAUAUUGUUAAUUAACAUUUCUCUGCUUGGGCACGUUAGGUCUCUUGCACUCUGAAAUGUUACUUUUCUUUAUAUGCAAACUGUUGAAAUAUUGUGAUCUGCUGUAUAAUAAAUAAACAAGAUGUAAACAUGAAA